GUUGCAGCCACCGCGUUUUCUGAGGUCUGCGCUCAUCGGUCGCGGCCAUGGUUCGCCAAUUCAAGCAUCAUGAGCAGAAGCUGCUCAAGAAAGUCGACUUUCUCAACUGGAAACAAGAUGCGGGGCAUCGCGAGAUCAAGGUCAUGCGGCGGUACCACAUCCAGGAUCGAGAGGACUAUCACAAAUACAACAAGCUCUGUGGCUCUCUGCGUGCCCUCGCACACCGCAUCUCGAACCUCCCGGCGCAAGACCCCUUCCGCGCGAAGAUGGAGGGCCAGCUGCUCUCGAAGCUAUACGACAUGGGGGUGCUCAACUCUACGGCGAAGCUCAGCGACGUGGAGAAUAAGCUCACGGUGGCGGCGUUCUGCCGCAGACGGCUGGCGGUGAUCAUGUGUAUGUCGAAGAUGGCUGAGACUGUCAGCGCGGCGGUGAAGUUCAUUGAGCAAGGCCAUGUACGGGUUGGGCCGGAUACUGUUACGGACCCUGCGUACCUGGUUACACGCCAUAUGGAAGACUUCGUCACAUGGGUCGACACCUCGAAGAUGAAGAGGACGAUCAUGAGAUACAACGACGAACUCGACGACUUCGACCUUCUCUGAGCCUGCCUCCUGCUCGAAUAUAUGCCGACAGACAUCGUGCAGUCGACCAACUGCGUACCAGGGAUAUCACAGCAGGUAGAGGAGACGCGGAGAGUAUUUGUUGGUUUCUCCCGGCGUCCGUGAAACUUUACAUGUCUACGGACCGCACAUCGCUGGACCAGUUCCGCAUACAUCUCCCUGCAUCAAUGCGGCGCCAUCGACUCGGAGAGACAGCCGGAGCGAGGCAGAGCCGCAGGGAGGCAGAGGGGGAUGAAGGGCCAGAGUACAGACACGGCGUAAUUGGACCUGUCGAACAUUCAAUGGAUAUAAUACACCAUUCGAGUUACUUA